GAAGGGAUUUUCUGCCUCGGUUGUUCCCCACCUUGAAGCUGGGUGAGCGCGUGAGGGUCUUUCCCCUGCCCUGCAGGUACUGGAGGAGCUGCAGCCCGGGGCGCUGGGGACUAUGCUUGUAGUUGAAUUGAAAGCAGAGGAGAGCACGGGGAAGAAAUAUGUCAUGAAGCAGGUUGAAUGCAUUGAAGAAAAGCAAGCAAAUAAGGCCUUGAAGGAGGCAAUGGAUUUGCUGAAACUUCGUCAUUCAAGCAUCUGUGCUUACAAGGAAUUGUUUGUGACUUGGGAUAAUAAGAUAUCAUCUCUGUUCCUUUGUCUGGUAAUGCAGCACUCGGGCCAAGGAGAUCUUUCAUCUCUGAUCAAGGAAAAAAGACAGAAGUCAGAGAAAAUAACAGACGUGGUGAUUCUGAAGUUCCUGGGACAGAUGGUGGAUGCUUUGUUUUAUAUACACAAACAAAAUAUUAUUCACAGAAAUCUCAAGCCAUCGAACAUUCUUGUGACUGAUGAAGCAUCCUUCAUGCUUUGUGACUUCAGUACAGAAGCACUUAUGUCUGAUGAAAUGAAAUGGAAAAUAAGAGUGGAAGAAAAGAGCAAGUCUUGGAUGGCUCCAGAAACACUCAGGUUUUCUUUUAGUGAGAAAUCUGACAUCUGGUCUCUAGGUUGCGUUCUACUUGACAUGAUGACCUGCUUUGUUCUGAAUACAGAAGAGAUAACUUCAUUACUGCAGGAUAUUAGACAGGAUACCAGCCAUCUUGAGGAAGUUCUGACACUAAUGCAAAAUGGAGAUAACAGCUCUCUACCUUUAUUCUCAAUUUUAUUUAUGAUGCUACAUAUUCAACCCAGCAUGAGACCCACAGCAAAGGCUCUGACUGAUGUUCCAUUUAUUAGGGAAUGCCUGACUGUUGCUGGUUCCUCUUUAAUAGGACUGAAAAAGUCUUUGUCUCUCAAUGUAAUAGACGCGCUCCUUGAGGGAGGAAUUGGCAGUAUUCUAGAGUUCAUGCAGGCUUACUGGGAUAUAGAAGAAGCACAGGCUAAAGCAGUACAGCACCUUGCCAGCUUUUUAGGAGAUAAAAAUGCCUUGCCCUGUCUGCUAACGUUCACAGAAUUGAUCACUUCUGCCAUGAAGACUCAUAUAGAUUCUCUCCAGUUACAAAUAGAUGGCUGCAGAUUAUUGCUUGAAAUUCUUAGUCAAGCUCUAGAACAGAAUCUGGAUGUGGAAACAAGCUUGGGUGAAAAUGUGAUUAACGCUCUCUUAGAGACAGUGAGAAAACAUUCUGAAAAUGAAGAGUUACUUUCACUGGUCUGCACGCUACUGAUGAUGAUUUCAGCCAGUGAAGUUGCUGCAGAGAAUCUAAAGAAAGCUGGACUAAUUCCAGACCUUCUGAUGAUUAUGAGAAAUUUUCUUCAUAAUGAACAGAUUUGCCUCUCUUGCUGCGGAGUUCUCUGGAGCUUGGUUGUGAGUGGUAAGCAGAACACAGCAAGUAUUGCGCCCAGAUUGAUGUGGCUGAAUGCAGCAGGUAAUUUAGAGUACAACAUAGACCAAGCGUUGCUGAAAAGUGCUGUCCCUGCUACCUCUGCUGUCCUUCAAGAGCACCUUCAGAAUGGAAUGGUAGCUGAGACAGCUUGCUCGGCUCUAUGGGCACUGUCACUCCAAGGUUGCUUAGCUGAAAAUGAGUAUGAAUCUACAACAGCGCUUCUGCUAGAUGCUCUCAGGAUGAACCCAGAAAGACCAGUGCUGGUGAAGAAUGCCUGCCAGGCAUUAGCAAGUCUUCUAAGGCUAUCUGAAAUAUCAGCUUUCAGAUUUGUAAUGGAUUCGAAAGGCAGUGGAAUAAACCUGAUCAAAGAUGCCUACCACUUUCACUGUGAUGAUCCAGAAGUGGUGGAGAAUAUCUGUACACUGAUGAAUGAGAUGGUUCAGUACGAUGACAUUGUGCUGGAUAUGGUCUCCCAGAAGAUGAAAGAACUGCUAUCGGAAAUAAAAAGCCGGUUUCCAUCUAGCAUGGAGAUAACGACCCUUGUGGAUGCAACGCUUUUGAAACUGCAGAAGUAGAAUAAAAGCUGUUUGUGUAAGAACAAGACCCGUAGACUUCUGGUUCAGGUAUAAAAGCUUGGAUCCUUCUGAAAUAUUUUAGCAGAUUUUUCUCAACAGAAAGAGAGAUUAAUAUUGUGCCAUUAGCAAUACAUAAA